AUGGAGCUGGACCCUGCACUGCCUGCUCUCAACCAUACUGUGUGGCCCGCUGGGCCUGGGUCCUUUGUCUUGCUGGGAGUGCCAGGACUGGAGCCUCUGCAUGCCUGGCUGUCAGUGCCUGUGUGUCUGCUAUACAUGACAGCAUUGGCAGGCAAUGCCCUUCUGCUAGGCCUGGUGGCAGCUGACAAGGCACUUCAGUCACCCAUGUACCAGCUGCUGGGGCUUCUGGCAGUUACUGACUUGAUUCUUGCCACAUCCACCGUGCCAAAAGCAUUGGCAGUGCUUUGGGGUCUGUCUGGUGAGAUAUCCUUUGGGGCCUGCCUGGCCCAGCUUUUUGUUGCCCACGUGGCUUUUAUUGCAGAGUCCUCAGUGCUGCUGGCCAUGGCGGUGGACCGCUAUGUGGCCAUUUGCCAACCUCUACGCUAUGCUGCAUUGCUGACCCAGCGUGUGGUGGGCAUUGUGGCUGUAGCUGCCGUGACCCGUGGUGCUUGUGUCAUGGCACCCCCUGUGGCCCUUCUCCAAAGACUGCCUUACUGUGGACGACGGGCACUGCCACACACUUACUGUGAGCACAUGGGCGUGGCUCGGCUGGCAUGUGGAGACACUCGUCCCAACAUCUGGUAUGGCCUGGCCACCACACUGCUUUCCCCAGUCCUAGAUCUUGGCCUCAUAGGUGCUUCCUACGCCCUUAUUCUCCGUUCUGUGUGCCAGCUACCUUCCCAUGGUGCCCGCCGCAAGGUCCUGGGCACCUGCGUGGCUCAUGCUAGUGUCAUCAUCCUCUUCUAUACACCUGCCCUCUUCUCCUUCUUGGCCCACCGCUUUGGCCACCACACAGUCCCUGGUCAUGUUCACAUCCUCCUGGCUAACCUCUAUGUGGUGGUCCCCCCAGCCCUCAAUCCUGUGGUGUAUGGUGUGCGAACCCAGCAGAUCACUCAGCGGCUCAGGCACCUGCUCAGACUCUGCUGGUCAAGGUCAACGAGGAAUGUGGGUCCUGAGUGA